AUGGGAAGCACAUCAAGCAAAAAAAAUAAGCAAAAAGAGCCAAUUACUGUAAACACUCCAGGAUUCCAGCCAGCUACUCUUCCUCCACCCCCUCCCAUGCCAGUUCCUAGCGCUCCUCCUCUCUAUCCCGAAUUAUCACCAGUCCCAAGUGCUCCAAGUUUCCAACCCCCGCCAUCUAACUCUCCUCCCAAGAAACCAGUCCCUCCUAGAGCUCACCAAUCCCCUCCCCAAGGCAAAAAAGAAGAAGACGCUCCUGACAUUCUUUUUGACGCCGAAGAGCCUGAGGAGCGAAACCCAGAACCCCAAGACCUUUCCUCUGUCCCUGAAUUCUACUCUCAAACCUGCACACUCCAAGGCAAAUGGAUUUAUCACAUGGAGUCUUCUGAAAUUGAGUUCCCAGAGGCUACCUCUGAUGAAAUUGAGCGGGAUUUUAUUUCUGGGAACAUCCGAAGUAAGUUUAACUUCUCAGGCAGCCAGGCCGAAAUUUUAUUUAGAGAAACCUUAAUGACUGUAACUGACCCCAGCGGCGAAAAAAUGAUUUACCCUAUAAGCAGAACGGCAGUUGUCAAAGAAAAAUAUUGGUGGUAUGCCAAUGAUCAGACCGCAAGGCCAAUUAUUAAAGAAAUUGAAGACAUUUUGAGCUUCACUGAAGGAAUUUUUUCGUUUACUCUAGACGGGGUAGGCUACCAGAUAAAUCUGCAUAAGAAGUGUAUGGUGGAAAUGAGGACUGGGUUAAUAAGAAAUUUAAUUAUAGCUUAUGAGCUCUAGCAGAAUUUUAUAGGAUUUUGGCAAUCUUUAUGAAAAGCUAAGUGAUUAUGCUUUCUCUUGCUGGAGAUUUAAUUUAUUUAGACUAAGAGGGGUUUCCUUAUAGGGUGCUAAUAGGGCUCAUUAGGCAUAUAGGAUAA